AUGGACGCUACUAAUGGAACUACUUCUUACCACCCACAAUCUGAUGGAAUGAUAGAACGAUUUAAUCAUACAUUGGAGAGGUACAUAGCAAAAGUUGUGGAAAAUCGGCAACGAGAUUGGAAAAAGCAUAUACAACCGUUUUUGUUGUUAUAUCGAAUCGCUGUUCACGAAAGUACAUCAGUGACACCAGCUUUCGCAUACUUUGGAAGAGAAUUACGGCUGCCUGCAGACCUGAUCACCGGAAUACCACCAGAUGCCCCACGCAGUAUAACCGAUUAUGCAAAUGACUUGCCGAACAAAAUGAAUGACAUUUAUGAGCACGUCAGAAAAACGGUCCAGCAAAUGUCUGAAAAGAUGAAAACCCGGUAUGACCGCAAAAUGAACAACAAAGCGUUCGACGAAGGUUCACUAGUGUGGUUGCACAAUCCAGUUCGCAGCAAAGGGAAAUUUCCUAAGCUUCAAGCUAAAUGGUACAGACCGUACCGGAUUGUAACAGGAUCAAUGACGUAA